CCCUCGAUAACUCCCACUUAUACCCCCUCUGCUUCUCCCGCAGCAAUCAACCACUCAUGAGCACAACACGCUGCCGCCUAUAGCGGAUAGGGUUUUGCUAUUGUGACCAACCGAUUUUAGUACCUCAGAGCAUUCGAGGACCACUGCUCGUUCGUUGAUCGUGAAUAUGAUGCACCUUGAGCCCCGAGGGUUGGGGUUCCAAACCUUCGCCCGAUUCGAGGGGAAGGAGAACGUGAUGGAGGAGGCGGACGCUCAAUGGCCGCUUCCUGUAAGUACGCAGCUAAUGGCGUCUUAUCUCGGCAACAAUAUCUCUCUGUUGAACACCGCUUGCCAAGAUCCCGCUGGUGUCUUGGCGAACAAGCGGCUGAAAAACUCGCCGCCCACCACGCCGCGAUCGCCGCUGCUUCUCGCGAGAAGCUGCGAAGACGUCGAGCUGGACGAUGACGAUUGGACGUUGGGCGCCUGCAGCACGCCCGGCGAGUCGCGGUCUCUCACAGGGGCCUAUGAUUUAAACGCCGGUGCUAUCGGCCAGCCAACAGCCAAGGAUCAGCCACGCGUAUUUGGUGUUCGUUCCCUCAACACCGAGCGCUGCGACAUAGGCGCUAGGACCUCGCUCAGCCGAUUAGCGUCCGCGUGCGCUGCCCUCUGCGACGUGGCGACCACGUGCGAUAGGUCAGAGGACGAGACGGAACUGUCGCAAGGAGGCUACGCCGAAGAGCAGCAAAUUUGUCUGGAUAAUGAUUGGCCCGACCACAGAGACAAUUCUCGUCCGAUUAACGUUGAAGCGCGCCGAGCGCUCGUCGAGCGGCGUCAAGAGGGGGCAGACGACGACGAGGGGAGCGAGGACGAGGAGGAGGAGGACUGGCACGCGUGGAGGAUGCCACUCGCUGCGACCAUGAGAGCCGCGUCUGCGCCGACGGGCUCUGCGAUCGGCGGAACCUUGUCGCGCGUCGCCUGUCGCAGUCGCAUUAGGAGCAUGCGAAGCUCGGGCUGGGCGUCGGACGGCGAGGAAUCGGACGACGACGGCGACUGGAGUGCGACGGUGGCACAUGACGACUGGGCGUUGGUGCGACGGCGACUCUCUUUCGCCGAGCCCGAGUCGGUGGGCGACGAGGCUGCGACUACAUUCAGGCCGGAGGCGGGGAUUGCGGAGCACGGGGCAGGGAUGUGUCCCAGUGGCGCAGUGAGCGACCUUCUCGCCGCAUUCGCUCGCACGUGCACCAUCGCCGCCGCUGGCCCCGCCCCAACAGCCACGUGUCCAGCCAGCGCUGCGUCGCCAGAAGCGUCGCACGACAUGGAACCGUCGCACGGCAUGGACGUCGCAUUUGCGCCAAGAGCGCUGAAAUGCGCCACAUGGGGGUGCGGAUGGAAGAGCAGGGGGGAGCGGGGGUUGGGGGGCGCAUCGUGGCGGGUGCGGACGUGCGGGGUAGGGGGCAUGGGGGGAGGCGGGGCGGCAAUGAAAGGGGGGAAGGGCAGGGCAGAGAAAAGGGGGAGGGAGAGUGAUAGCGAUGGCGACGAGGAGAGUGAGGAGCAGAGCGGUAGUGGCGGUGAUGGCAGCUCCGGGAGCGGUGGCGAUGGGGAUGAGGAGGAGGGAGAGGAGGAGGAGGAGGAGGAGGAGGAGGAGGAGGAGGAGGAGGAGGAGGAGGAGGAGGCGGAGGAGGGAGAGGAGGAUGAGGAGGAGGAAGAGGAGGAAGAAGCGGAGGAGGGAGAGGAGGACGAGGAGGAGGGAGAGGAGGAAGAAGCGGAGGAGGGAGAGGAUGAGGAGGGAGAAGAAGGAGAAGAGGAGGAGGACGAGUGGGAGGAGGGUGGCGAGGAGCGAAAGGAAGCACGUGAAGAGGACGAAAUGACGCUGGUAAAUCCAGACAAGCCACGGCAGCAGCAGCACGAGCAGCAGCAGCAGCAGCAGCAGCAGCAGUACAGUGAGAAGCGGCUGUACGUGGGCGGCAUACCGUACCACGCCACGGACGACGACAUCCACGCGUGCUUCGAGGGGUGCGGCCGCAUCGCCCUCAUUGACCGCCUGCACUUCCCCGACUCGGGCCGAUUCCGAGGAAUUGCGCUCAUCACCUUCAAGACUGCCAUCGGAGCAAGAAAGGCGCUGGAAAUGGAUGGCGCUGACAUGGACGGCCGUUUUCUCCGCAUCAAGCUGUGCCGACCCAACCCCUCAUCCGCAUCUUCAGCCGCCACUCCAGCCGCCCCCUCCUCCACUCACCCCGCCUCCACUGCCUCUGCACCGCGCCCAACUGCAUCCGACCUGCCGCCCCCUCAGCGCGCCCCCGGCAGCCUGCGAGCAUACGUGGGCAACCUAGCCUGGAGCAUGGAUGAGGCGGCUGUAGCGGCGUUCUUCCCCGGCUGUAGCAUCGCGAGUGUGCGCCUGGCACGGGACGCGCAGACCGGGCGGCACAAGGGGUACGGCCACGUGGACUUUGCGGACGAGUCCAGCCUGGAGCAAGCCAUUCAGCGCAACCAGCAGGUGGCGUGCGGGCGCCCGGUUAAGGUGGCGUAUGCCGUGGCGAGCAGGGGGGGCGGAGCAGGAGGGGGUGGGGGGAGGAAGGGCAAGGGGCGGAAGAAGGGGUCGGAGGGGUGCUUUGUGUGCGGCGACGAGGGACACAAGUCGUUUGACUGCCCGGAGAAACACCGCAAGAUGAAGAGGCACAAGAGCCAGUGAGGGGGAGGGGGCAUGAGAGUCAGUGAGGGGGGGAAGCAGAAGAGCAAUGAAGGGCGGCGCAUGGGUUGCAAUGCAAGCACUUUCAUGCUAGUAGGUUGGGAUUCCAUCAUGGGCAGGUGGCUGUCUUCAGAGCUUCUGUAGUGGAUACCACCUGCAGCCAUCUCUUCGUAGGCACUGUAGUUAUUCCCUCGGACCUUACAAU